CUUGAAGUUGAGAUAGUGUUGUAUCGAGUGCAUUUCGCGCCUGCCGAGCCCGCCAAACGCAAAGUAACUUUCUGGCCCUUAAUCGCAGGGAGGCCUCCGUCCCAGGCUUCACUCACUUGCACUUGUAGUGCUGUCAGGCACCACAGACAACACAGGGACGUUGUUACAACCUCAACAGUCAACCUAUCUAUCUCUUCAAUGUGCUAGUCUCUGAAGAGCUGGCGUUGCGCCGGACGUUUCUGCAUCUGCACCACAAGGGAACAACACUGAGCAUCCCUGUUCCGGACCUCCUUCGACAUGGCAAUGCGCAUUCGGUUUCCCUUUGCAAUCGGCUUUGUGGUCAUCCUUGUCUUUGCCUCUUCGCUCGGCCUGCUUCCUCAUUCAUCGCUGCCCUCGACUCCAGAAGCAGCACGACCAUACAUUCCGCCACAGUCCGACAAGGCUCUCCAUUUCAUAUGCUUCUUCGCCCUCACAGCCACGUUCUACUUUAUUCUCGAUACGGGUCGGAAACGAGUCAUUCAUAUAACCUUGAUUGUGUGCACUUUGGUGUUAGGAGUCGGAAGCGAAGUAGCUCAAGGUUUGCUCCCAAAUGAUCGGGACUUUGAUGCCUGGGAUGUUCUAGCAAAUGUCCUAGGAAGUCUGGCCUCACUGGGGCUUUGCAGUGCAUACCAUCGACGCGCAGCCGAAAGACGAAGAAGAGCAAAAUAUUCUGCAUUGUCAGGAGACGGUAUCGAGGGCGAGGACCUGGAGCUUGGAGAGGCAGUUGGCCAGCCGAACGAUGAUGAACAGGAGACCGGCGUUGUACCUCGAACCGUCGACGAAGAGCUAGACAAUUGGGAUGAGAACGUUGUGGACGAAACAUGGGAGGAAGACGAUGAUGUGACAACGAGUCAGGACACCAAAGUCACCCCUUCGGCAAGCUCUGUCGGUAGCGAAGAACCGCUGAAGAAGGUAGCUGUGGAUUAAGAUGUCGUUCUCGAAAAGUCAGACAUGUCAAAAGCGAUUUGAGCAUAUAUGGCUGUGGGUGUCGCGACCAUGGCGCAUUCCAGGCAUGAAAAUGAUGGAGUCAUGGGUCUGUUGCUUUCGGAGACUUGUGCAGAUUCUGGCCAAAGUGAAGACAGGAUAUCAGGUCUUUAUUGGUGUGAGAGAUACCCGCCGUUUUCUUUGCUGGAAUUAAAAAUACCACCACCUCGAUGUUUCUCGAUGUCCUUUCUCGGCUUCAUUUCCGUGAAGCAUUACUCCUCCAACAUGUGUCAACAAAGCUCACUCGACUCCAGACUUGUUCCCUCAAGUGACUGUGC